UAUGUUAUUUAUUUAUUUUUGGUUUUUAAAAAUGCUGCUUGUUGAUCGCCUACGCGUUGGCAUAGACAAAACAGUAAUCGGCGUGAAAAUCCUUUGAGGGAUAAGCUAGUUACGACUUCAUUUCGGUGCCAAUGCAUUGCCUUCUAUGGGAACGCCGACCUCCCCAACAUGGCCGCCAUGUAGGCACGUCGGUAAGCCGGGGUAGCUAGCCAUUCAUAGCAAUGGGUCAUAUCCUUCCGCGUACGGUUGCCGCAACCACGCGAGCUUCACGAAAUAUGUAUAUUUUUUUCCAUCACGACUCUUCAGUACUUCAACUCGUCUCGGCGCACGUUGAAGCUUCUCGAGCUAGCUUAGCUUAGCUUAGUUUAGCUUGCUAGCCGCUAACAAAGAGACACGUGUUUGUUCGCGACACAUGGCUGAGCAGAGAGCGAGCGCGAGUGGAAGUCGUGGCGUUUUUCGCGUGAAAAUGCGUGAAAAAGGCGUGAAAGAAGAAGAGGACGAGGACGAGGAGCAAAUUUGUCGGAGAGAAGAAAACGAACGGCACCGUCAACUACCGGACGCCGUUUGCGAGCUGCACCCUCGAAUUGUGUUACACACAGCGGACGUCCGUGAAGAAGAUCUUCGUCCUGAGAAGCGGGAGUACCCGGACAUCAAAAAGGAGGAGGAGCCACAGACGCCACACAUGAAAGACGAAGAGCAGGAGGAUGAAAUCAGCAAGUUUCCAUUGACUGGUGUCACUUUGAAGGAUGAAGACGACGACGGAGACCGCUGGGGAGGAUCCCAAUCCGAAGACCUCUCGGCUCCGCUGUCAGAUAGUGACGACGUAACGUCGCACUCAUCUGACUAUGAGGAUGAGGAUGACGAACGCUCCAAAGGUGAUACGACAUGUCACGCUGACAACAAAUGCAUCCAGUGUUCUCACUGUGACAGAACGUUUUACAACAAGUCAUCGUUGAUAAGACACGCAAGAACGCACACUGGAGAAAAACCUUUUGCUUGCUUAGUUUGUGGUAAAAGAUUCUCUAGAAAGACAAAUUUAAAAACACACGCAAGAACACAUACUGGAGAUAAACCUUUUGCCUGCUCAGCCUGUGGUAAAAUAUUUGCUACAAAGGGACAUUUAAAAGAACACACAAAAACUCACACCGGAGAAAAACCUGUCGUCUGCUCAGUUUGUGGCAAAAAAUUCACUCAGAAGGGAUAUUUAAAAAUUCAUAAAAGAACACACACUGGAGAUAAACCUUUUGCCUGCUCAGCUUGUGGUAAAGUAUUCUCUACAAAGGCACAUUUAAAAGAACACACAAGAACACACACUGGAGAAAAACCUUUUGCCUGCUCAGUUUGUGGUAAAAGAUUCUCGAUAAAGACAACUUUAAAAACACACACAAGAACACACACUGGAGAAAAACCUUUUGUCUGCUCAAUUUGUGGUAAAAGGUUCUCUAUAAAGACAAAUUUAACAAGACACACAAUUAUACACGCUGCAGAAAAACAUUUUGCCUGCUUACUUUGCGGUAAAAGAUUCUCGAGAAUGGCACAUUUAAAAACGCACACAAGAUCACACGAUGGAGAAAAACCUUUUGUCUGCUCAGUUUGUGGCAAAAGAUUCAUUCAAAAAGAUGGUUUAGCAAGACACACAAGAACACACACUGGAGAAAAACCUUUUGCCUGCUUAGUUUGUUGUAAACGAUUCAUUCAAAAAGAUGAUUUAACAAGACACACAAGAACACACACUGGAGAAAAACCUUUUGCCUGCUCAGUUUGUAGUAAAAGAUUCUCUGCCAGGGCAAAUUUAACAAGACACACAAUUAUACACACUGUAGAAUAAACUUUUACAUGCUCGCUUUGUGUUAAAAGAUUCUCUGACAAGACAAAUUUAAUACAGUAAGCAACAACUCACAAUGGGGAGAAACCUUUUGCCUGCUAAGUGUGUGGUAAAAGCUUCUCUACAAACUGACAUUUAACAAGACAGAAUUAUACUCAUUGGAGAAAAGGCUUUUGCGUGCUCAGUUCAUGUUUAAAGAUUCUUUGACAGGACAUAACAAAGCAUGCAAGAACGCACACUGGGGAGAAACCGUUUGCCGGCUCGGUUUGCGCUCAAAGAUUCUCUGGACAGGAGGAGGAGGAGUUUUAUUAAUCACACAGAAGAACACUCGCUGGAGAUAAACUAUUUUUCGGCCCAGUUUGUGGUAAAAGAUUCGCAGAGACGCAAGCUUUAGUCACACACAAAAGAACACACACUGCUUGGGGAUCCAGUCAUCAGUUGCAGUGUGUGCGCGCUGUAAGAUUCAGCGACAAGUAUCAGGUUAAGAAUCACAGCAGUCAAUGAAGCUGCAGAAUAAACUGAAGAAACUUGAGGCUGUGUUGGUUAUCACUGAAUCAUUCCAUACUCCCUAAUCACUGUACAGCGCAACCUUGAUUUGCAAUUGACAUGGUUUACCAACAUUUUGCUCAGUGUGCUAAAUAUCUGACGAAAAAUCAACUUGGGUUUGGAAAAAGCCCGAGCCCAGACGUGGCGGGAUAAAUUGUGUAAAUUAAACAUUGUUGCCUCUCUCUUGUC